AUGGCUGCACUGAAUGUGUUCCUUCUUCGGGAGAUUGCCAUUGCCGUUCUUCUCUUCUUCAUCACCCGUUAUUGUUUCCGUAAGAUAUUAAACCAUCCGUCCCAUGGCCGGCGUCUGCCGCCCGGACCCAAAGGGUGGCCCGUGAUCGGCGCGCUUCCCCACCUCGGCUCCAUGCCUCACGUGUCCUUGGCCAAGAUGGCCAAGACAUACGGCCCAAUCAUGCACCUCAAAAUAGGCACGUUCGACAUGGUGGUGGCUUCAACGCCGGACGCCGCCCGAACAUUCCUCAAAACUCUCGACGCCAACUUCUCGAACCGACCGCCUAAUGCCGGCGCCACCCACUUGGCUUACGACUCUCAAGACAUGGUGUUCGCCGACUACGGCGCCAAGUGGCGGCUACUGCGCAAACUGAGUAACCUCCAUAUGAUGGGUGGCAAAGCGCUUGAUGACUGGUCGAAGGUCCGGUCGGUGGAGCUCGGUUACAUGCUCGCCGCCAUGGUUGAGUCGAGCCAGAAGAACGAGCCGGUUGUUGUGGCUGAGUUGUUGACGUACGGCUUGGCUAACAUGAUAGGUCAGGUCAUACUAGGCCGGCGCGUGUUUGUGACAAAAGGGUCGGAAUCUAACGAGUUUAAAGACAUGGUGGUGGAGCUGAUGACGACUGCUGGGUAUUUCAAUAUCGGUGAUUUCAUUCCUUCUAUAGCUUGGAUGGAUUUGCAGGGGAUCGUUCGAGGAAUGAAGAAGUUGCAUAAGAGAUUCGAUGCACUGUUGACGAGGAUGAUAGAGGAGCAUACGACUUCGUCUCAUGAACGUAAAGAGAAGCCUGAUUUCCUCGAUGUUCUCAUGGCUUACAGAGACAACUCAGAGGGGGAGUCACUAACCAUCACCAACAUCAAAGCCCUUCUCUUGAACUUGUUUACAGCCGGGACAGACACAUCGUCGAGCAUAAUGGAAUGGGCAUUAGCCGAAAUGUUGAAAAACAAAAGCAUUAUGAAACGAGCACAUGACGAAAUGGACAAAGUCAUCGGCCGGAGCCGUCGGCUGGAAGAACACGACAUACAGAAACUUCCAUACUUUCAGGCCAUAUGCAAAGAAACGUUUCGAAAGCACCCAUCAACACCUCUGAACCUGCCGCGAGUCUCGUCGGAGCCAUGCGUGGUGAACGGCUACUACAUUCCCAAAAAUUCCCGGCUAAGCGUCAACAUCUGGGCAAUCGGUCGCGACCCAGAUGUAUGGGAGAACCCGGAGGAGUUCAACCCAGAUAGGUUUAUGGACCCGAAGAACGCGAAGAUGGAGCCAAGAGGGAACGAUUUCGAGCUGAUCCCGUUUGGGGCAGGAAGAAGAAUAUGCGCAGGGACGAGAAUGGGGAUUGUGUUGGUUGAGUACGUGUUGGGGACUCUGGUUCAUUCGUUUGAGUGGGAAUUGGAGGACGAAGGUGAGGAGGUGAACAUGGAGGAAGUUUUUGGUCUGGCUCUGCAGAAGAAGGUGGCGCUUUCAGCUAAGGUUCGGCCACGCCUUCAUCCUUCUGUUUACGUUUCUUAAUUAGCCAUGCAUGGCAAUUCUGUGUGUUUCAAAUUCAUGCAUGUUAAAUUAGUUUGUAAUAGAUUGUUGGUCUUCUUGUAUUUUUUCUUUUUGGAGUG